AGGAGGAGGAGUUAGCAUCGAGAUCUGCGUUCCACACUUUUUUGUCCUUGAGCAUUUGCUUCACGAAGAAACUUCGCAACGGAACGUUGGAAACUCUGCUACCGAAUCUGGAGCUGCUUCUUUUUACUAUUUUAAUCUUAAACGCCGUUAAAGUUUAUUCCACCUCUCUCUCUCUCUCUCUCUCGUUUGCUCGCUAUUUUAUUCGAUGCUGCCACUCGCCCGAAUUGUGAGUAUAUGGUGGCCGACAUGCUCAUUAGAAGAGUAGAAACCCCAUGAAGCUACUCUGUGUUCUACUCGUGUUUUUGAUUCCCUUAAUAUUGGCUGAUUUGAAUUCCGACAAGCAAGCGCUUCUGGAUUUUGCUGCCAUUGUUCGUCAUGGUCCAAAACUCAACUGGAAUUCCUCUAAUCCACUCUGUACUUCUUGGAUUGGUAUCAUUUGCACGCACGAUGGCAGUCGUGUGUUCUCCCUGCGCCUUCCUGCUCUUGGAUUGCGAGGCUUAAUUCCACCAAAUACACUUUCCAAGCUAGAUGCUCUCAGAAUUCUUAGCCUCCAUUCCAAUCGUCUCACGGGGAAUCUCCCAUCUGAUUUAACCUCUCUCCCUUCACUCCGAUACUUGUAUCUUCAGAGCAACAAUUUCUCUGGUACUAUUCCAUCAUCUCUAUCUCCUAAUCUGAUCGUCCUUGAUCUUUCCUUCAAUUUCUUCACAGGCAACAUCCCACCCACUAUUCAAAAUCUAACUCACCUUACUGCUCUAAGCCUACAGAAUAAUUCUCUUACAGGAUUCAUCCCUCUUUUUCAUCCUCCUACUCUUAAGCGUUUGAAUUUGAGUUACAACAACCUCAAUGGUCCAAUUCCAUCCGGCCUCCACAAUUUCCCUCUUUCCUCCUUUGAAGGGAAUCGUAUGUUAUGUGGUGCACCGCUAAACCACUGCUAUGAGAUUAGCCCAUCACCGUCUCCUUCCCACUUUAUAAUCCCUCGGAAACCAGGAAAUGGCUCCCAAAGGCUACUCAGUACAGGAGCCAUUAUUUCCAUCGCACUUGGGGGCUCCGCCAUACUCUUCUUUCUACUCCUGAUUGUGUUGAUCUGCUGUUUAAAGAGAAAGCAAAGUGAAGCGUCGAAAGGGAAAGGUACGAAUAAGGAGAAGGCAAAGGAGGAGUUUGGGAGUGGGGUGCAAGAGGCUGAGAAGAACAAGUUGGUUUUCUUCCAUGGGUGUUCCUACAAUUUUGAUCUUGAGGAUUUAUUGAGAGCCUCAGCUGAAGUUCUUGGAAAGGGAAGCUGUGGGACAACCUAUAAGGCCAUUUUGGAGGAGGGAACUACAGUGGUUGUGAAGAGGUUGAAACAAGUGGUGGUGGGGAAAAGGGAUUUCGAGCAGCAAAUGCAAAGUGUGGGGAAAGUUAGUCACCACCCAAACUUAGUUCCUCUUCGUGCAUAUUAUUAUUCCAAGGAUGAGAAGCUCCUAGUUUACGACUACAUUUUAGCUGGAAGCCUUUCUGCAUUACUACAUGGAAGCAGGGGAACUGGACGAACUGCAGUAGACUGGGAAUCCAGAUUAAAGAUUUCCCUUGGAUCUGCAAGAGGCAUUGCCCAUAUUCAUUCUGCUGGCGGAGGGAAAUUUAUCCAUGGCAACAUCAAGUCCUCAAAUGUCCUUAUCACUGAAGAUCUCUAUGGCUGCAUAUCUGAUUUUGGUACAACUCCUCUAAUCACUUUCCCAAGUGUUCCAUCUACAAGUACUGGAUACCGAGCUCCUGAGUUUAUUGAAACUCGAAAAUUUACUCAAAAAUCAGAUGUAUACAGUUUUGGUGUACUCCUGCUGGAGUUGCUGACAGGGAAAGCACCAGCUCAAUCAGCCGGUCAAGAAGAAGUUGUCGAUCUUCCAAAGUGGGUGCAAUCUGUUGUCCGAGAGGAAUGGACUGCAGAGGUGUUUGAUGUGGAACUAAUGAGAUUUCAUAAUAGUGAAGAAGAGAUGGUUCAGAUGCUUCAGAUAGCAAUGGCCUGCGUGGCGAAAGUUGCAGAUACCAGACCUACAAUGGAGGAAGUUGUUAGGAUGAUUGAACAAAUCCGGCCAUCCGAAUCAGACAAUAGGUCAUCAUCAGAGAAGAAGCCCAAGGACUCCAAUUUCCAGAACCCCUUAAUUGAUUUAUCCAUGCUAUUCCUAAACGGCUAUUCCCAGGUUGAAGACAUCAUAAACUGCUGCUUCAGCCAAAUUCCACAAUGGAAGAUUUCAGGCACUAGUAGACUAUCCUAAAAUAAAGAGGCCUUACAGUAGAGUGAUUUUUACCUGUAACAUUUGUCCAAUAGUGUGAUUCUCUCUUCUUCUGAGAGAAGAGUAGGCUAUGAUAAAAAUUAUAUUUAUUAUUGUUUGUUUUCCACUCAUUGUCACUUUUCCUAAAAUUGUAUUUUAAUUCUUAUGUAUAUUUUUUAUUGGACAAUUUGCUUUCCACCCCCCAAAAAGUAAUGGAUACUCACUCAUUAUAUGUA